UUCUUUGUCAAAUAUGUACAUUGCUCAUUUUGCCCUGCGUGAUUUUCUCUCCAUCCCAACCUGCGGCAGUCAGUCUUGUUUUUUACCUCAGCUGGACUGCAGUUACAUAUUUUCGUUCGUGAUUCACAAACUUUCCAAUACCUACAAGCGCACACCUAUAUUUUCCUACAUUAAGAAAUUAUGGGUCGACAAAAUAUAACGGGACAGCGACCCUUAAUAACAAAUAGUCUUACACUUCAAAGUCUUGCAAGAAGGGUGGCAGACCUAGAGGAAAUUGUACAGAAGCUGGUUAAUUGUACAAAUGUCAAUUUACUGGAGAAGGAUGAAGGCGAUAUAGUGGAAUUAAAUAAGUUGCCAAAAAAGAAAGGGAUUGUAAAUCAGCCACCCUCCAAAUCGUUUCGGUCCAGUUCGUUGCGAUUUGGUCGACGUGGUGCUGGAAUUUUGGUCAACAGAGUUGCUAAGAAGUCAACGGGUGGAGUCUCUCGUAACAAAAUUUUGAGUCAAUCAUGUCGUUCUACGGCUGAAGAGGAUCACAAUUCUGAUCCGAUGGAAGAAGCGGAUUUUGUAGAGAAUUCGCAAAUAGAUGAAUACUUUGCGAUAAAGACUGAAGUGGUGGACGACAUAGAAAUAGGAGUGAAUAGUAAUGAUUUUCAGAUGAAUUCGGAGACCUUAGCAGGAAGAGAUCGACUUUCCGAAGACGAAAAAGAAAUGAAAAUUCUAGGGCAGCAAAGUAAUAUCUUUCCAUUGAAGCAGAGUGAUGAAAGUUUAGACGAGGAUGACGCAACGAUAAGCAACAUGACAAUUAAUGCCGCCACUAUCGCAGGUGUUAAGGAAGACGACGACGAUGACAAUAAUGAUUGUUUACCCUUCUCUGACUUUGAAGAAACCGUAGAUUCAGAAGAGUCCAAAGUUGUCAUCAAUCCAAAUAAGAACACAGAGUUGGGAUCUCAAUCUACCUUAAAUAUUAUUCCUUCCACCGAACCAGAAAAAAACCUUCCAAACCCAUACAUCCGCCUUGGUCCAUCUAUUGUUGCUGAUACUGCUCGUAAAACGGUGCCGAAGCAGAAAAACAUUGUUCAAAGGAAGAAACGAAAAGCCCCCAAACAAAAGAACGUCAUUAUCGGAUUUCGUUUCAAGUGCGACCAUUGUUCGUAUGGCUCCAACUUCCGCAGGAAAUACUUACAGCACGUCCGCAAACACACGGGCGAACGUCCCUACCUUUGUUCCACUUGUGGGAAAGGAUUCCGUGGUUUGGACCUUCUUCACGGUCACAUGAAAAUACAUGAAAGAAAAUUAGACUCCUAUCCAUGCCCGGUGGAUGGUUGCGAGAUGGCGUUUCGGAAGCAGACCGUGUUAACACGACACAUCAACCGCUUCCAUAAAGAUACUCGACGAAAAUGUGACAUCUGUCAUGGAAUAUUUGCAAACGCUACUAUGGUGCGUCAUCACAAAAUUCGGAUGCAUGAGAAUCAACCAGAUUUAUCUUGCCCUAUAUGCGGCCAUGCGUUUCCAUACCAACGCCUACUUAAGGCUCACAUCGCACGACAUGCCGACCCGAAUUACCAAAUGCGGAAGCGCAACAAGAUCCAGCCACCAACAGAAAACACCGAGGAGGGGCAAAUUGACCCAGAAAAAGUUUACGUACUCCCUCCACGUUUCUACUGUGAGGUGGAAGGAUGUGGAAAAUCGUACAUUACGUCAGUUUUGCUUCUCGGACAUAUGAGAGCACGGCAUAUGACUGAAGAAGAGAGAAAGGUUUCUUGUGACAUAUGUGGAAAAGAAUUUCUCGACGGGAAAAAUUUGCGGAUCCACAAAAACAACGUUCAUACGGAUAACCGACCACACGUCUGCCACAUUUGUGGACAAGGCUUCAAAGUCAAGACACAUCUGACCAGGCAUGAACGAGGGCAUGACAACCUGAAUUGGAAACCGAGGGCGAACUGCAAAUUAAAAACGUUUAACCCCGCCGAAAAUAAUGAUAACAUGUAAGAGGAUAGAACGCAAACAGAGAAUACUGAACCUGACAUUUCUAAAACACAUGAAAGUGAAUGAGUAGUUGUGUUGAAGAAAACCGAACUUGGGAAGAAUUGUAGCAUUAGUAAAUCCGUUAAUGAUUAAGAUUCAACUUAAAUUAGUAUCUAUGUAGAAAUCUAAUAAAUACCAGGGUUUUUUAAGCCAUAGAUGAUCAAUUGAAACAAAUAUUUGUACAGGGAAUAAAAUAAAUAUGUUUACAAAUUUCUUGGUGGACACACCGGGCACAUUGUAAUCGUCA